ACAUCAUUAAAAUUCCAUUUCAUUUUCAUUUCCCUUUCCUGUGGUGGAUGGAAGGAAGGGAAAAACCAGGGGAGUCUGAGCGCGUUACGUCCGGCCCUCACACAGUUGAGUCGGGACAAGCUUCGAAUAUUCGCAUAACUGCCAUAGAUGAGUCGGGACAAACGAAGGAACAAACGUACGGCUAACGCGUAGUAGAAAACAGAAUUUAUAGAAAACAGAAUCUGAUCUCCUGGAAGAAAAAAUAUUGAAUCCAAUUUCGAAGAAGCAGGCGAGAAAAUAAUGGAGGAAGUUGCAGUAGCGAGCGAUGGACGGGCAUUGACAGUUGGAUCUCAGCAGCUGGCACAUUCUCUUUUCGCCAAUUAUCCUUUGACGGCUGCAUUUCUUUCCUUCGCCCUCGCUCAAACUCUCAAAGUCCUUACAACCUGGUAUAAAGAAAGGCGGUGGGAUGCUAAACGACUUCUUGGAUCUGGUGGAAUGCCCUCAUCUCAUUCUGCAGCUGUCUCUGCUUUAGCAGUAGCUAUUGGUUUUCAUGAUGGGCCUGGAUCAUCAUCCUUCGCCAUUGCUUUAGUUCUGGCGUGUGUGGUUAUGUAUGAUGCAUUUGGUGUUCGAUUACAUGCUGGUCGCCAAGCAGAGGUGCUGAAUCAAAUAGUGUUUGAGCUGCCUGCGGAGCAUCCACUAGCUGACACAAGGCCUCUUCGUGAGCCUCUUGGACAUACACCUCCUCAGGUAGCUGCUGGUGCAGCCUUGGGUCUCAUCAUGGCCUAUCUUAUGCAUGUCACAACAAAUUUGUCAUCCUAGUGUAAUGUUUUCUCAUCUGGCCAUCCUUGGAAAAGCACAUGCUAUAUGUGCCUAUUGCAUACCUUUAUUUUUGAACUGAAGAAGCUAAUACAGAGAGAUCGGAACAUUUAUAGGAAGCUUUAUUAGUGCCAAGACUGCAAAGAGAUUUUGGUAGUAUUCGAAGAAAUUUAUGGAAACAAGCAUACUACUUGGAAGAAACUCAGAUGUUACUUUUGGGUUAAGAACUCUUGAUUGUAUGGAGCAUUAUUAGUAAACGUGACUACAGGACAACAUUGGCAACACAUGGAAACUAUAUUAAGAUUUGGCCUCAAGUGUUUUAAAUGGGAAUAGAAUAUUAAAAAAGCCUUGAAAUAGUUUAAUGGUCUAUAAUGGCCUUAAAGGUCAACAGUCCUAAGGUAUAUCAGUUUGCUUCCAAGAACACUUGUAAUUUAGCAUGGGAACAUAAUUCUGUUAUCUUGCAUCAUUUUCCUAUGCAUGUAGCAACGCUUACCUUGCAAAAUUGAAGAAUUUAUGUUGUAUUAUUUUUUAAUCCAUUUGAAGAAAAUAUUUGCUUACAUCA